UUUAUCAGUCCCAAAAAAUUGUAUAUUAGAUAGUUUAUAUCAAUUGAUUAAAGAUGAGUACUUUAAGAGAUCCUAACGAUGCAUACUCCGAAAUUUCUCGGGUUGUAGAUGUGGGCGAAGGAGCAUUGAAAAAAAUCUACACUACGGAUAAAGCAGCUUUUGAUGUAAAUAUUAUUCAAAAAAUCAUAUCUUUUUGCUACAAAAAAGAGUAUGGAUUGCUAGAUUUACUCGAUUUAGGUGACGUACUUAAACUUACAAUUUUCCGUCAAUACAGCCAAGAAACAAACGUUGAUCAGUUAAAUAUAUUAGAAAAAUACAUUGAUAUAUAUAUAUUAGCUAUUUGUAAAUAUAAAAGUCAGAAUUCAUAUCUGGUACGUAAUAAAUUAUUACCUUUGCUACGUGUUCGAACGAAACCACCUUUUUGUGAACCAGAUUUGAUAGCAAAAGGAAAAGUUUCCUUGAAACAGAAUAUUUCAUGUACGAAAAAUUCGAAUAAUCGAAAGAAUAUUAAUGUGGCACAAACUAUACGAACUCAACAAUUUCAUAUACGCAACGCUUCUUAUGAACAAUUAAAUUACAUCGAUCGCAGUAACAUAUUUAGUUCCAAACAAUUCUUUUUAGAUGGUGAUAUACUUUGUAAUAUUGCAUCUGUUCUGCUAAGUUUACAAACAAUUAUACUAAAAUGUAAUCAAGAAAUGGGAUUUAAAGUUAAUCCAUUUCUUCAAGUGAAUAUUAUCGAAUGGGACGUUUAACAAAGAAAUUGAUUAGUGCAUUGUAUCGAUAUUAUUGUAAUAAUAAUCGAUCAGUUCCUCAUUCUUUUAACUUGAUCUUAUCAAUUUUUUACGAGUGAGUUUACAGUUUUACGAAAAUGGAGUACGUCUAUUUCUUAAACAACACAAGUUUCUAAGUCUUUUCAACAAUUUCAUAAACUUUCUUCAUCGAUCAAUGUAAAUGCGUAACGCCAAUAAUUUUUUUUU